GGAACAACUUGAGAGAGGAGGCCAUUCACGAGCCUGUUUUAGCUACACACAACUAGCUACUGUUAGCUAGCCGGCGGCUAACGAGCAAGCUAAAACAUCAGUUUGUCUUAAUGUCGCCUGUCUUACCAAGUGAUGGCAGGAGAACAGUAUUCACAAACCGAAGCUGAACUAUAUUACCUCAUUGCCAGAUUUCUGCUGUCUGGACCUUGUAAAAAAUCAGCAAAGGUUCUGGUCGAGGAGCUGGAGGAGUAUGAGUUAAUACCUGAACGAUGGAGUUGGAAUGGGAAGAAAUACAAACGGACCUUUCAAGACUGGGUGACUUUAAACCAGCACAUUCCUGCAGACUAUCUGCUCCAUGUUUGUCGGCGGAUAGGUCCGCUUAUAGAGAAGGAAAUCCCACCUAGUGUUCCUGGAGUCCAAACCCUUCUUGGACUGGGAAAACAGUCCUUGCUUCGUACCACCAAAAGUUGCAGCCACAAAGUAUGCAGCGGCUCAGCUGUCGCUGCACUCCAUCGAGGACGUCCACCAGAACCUCCUGUCAGCAAUGGCAACCCUCCCAAUGUUGUGUCCAUCAUGGGUGCUCGCCAGGCCACAGGCACAGCUCGUUUCAGCCAGGCCGUUCCGUCUUCCUCCUACCAACACAUGAAGAUACACAAACGUAUCCUUGGCCACCUGUCUUCAGUCUACUGUGUAGCCUUUGACCGCACCGGCCGUCGGAUAUUUACGGGUUCAGAUGACUGCCUGGUUAAAAUCUGGGCCACAGAUGACGGCCGUCUCCUGUCCACGCUCCGCGGCCACUCGGCAGAGAUCUGUGACAUGGCCGUCAACCAUGAGAACACAUUCAUCGCCUCAGCCAGCUGUGACAAAACCAUCAGAGUGUGGUGCCUGCGUACCUGCGCACCCAUCACAGUUCUGCAGGCCCACGCUGCCUCCAUCACAUCCAUACAGUUUUGUCCAGCUAUCAAAGGGACGACGCGAUACCUGGCCUCCACCGGUGCAGAUGGCAUGGUGUGUUUUUGGAAGUGGCACUCGCUCAGCAUGAAAUUCCAGGAUCAACCAGUCAAGUUUGUUGAGCGUUCACGUCCGGGAGUACAGGUCUCCACUUCCUCUUUCAGCAGUGGUGGUAUGUUCAUGGCAACCGGUGGCACUGAUCAUCUGAUAAGAGUUUACUACCUUGGUGGGGAAACUCCUGUGAAGGUUUCUGAGAUGGAUGCGCACACGGAUAAAGUUGUAGUCGUCCAGUUUAGCAAUAACAGUGACAGCCUAAGGUUUGUGAGCGGCAGUCGUGACGGCACAGCCAGGAUCUGGCAUUACCAGCAACAGGAGUGGAAGAGCAUCACCUUAGACAUUGCUGCCAGGCUCCCCGGGAGUGCUGUCACCAACGGGGAUGAUAAAACUAAGCUAGUGGUUACCAUGGUGGCGUGGGACCGGGCAGACAGCACCGUCAUCACAGCGGUGUCAAACUACCUGCUUAAAGUGUGGAACACAACCACCGGACAGCUGCAGCAUGUUCUAUCAGGUCAUGAUGAUGAGGUGUUUGUGCUGGAGGCUCAUCCCUUUGACUCCCGCAUCAUGCUGUCUGCUGGCCACGAUGGCAACAUUUACAUGUGGGACCUGACCAAAGGAGCCAAGAUCCGUAACUACUUCAACAUGAUUGAAGGGCAAGGCCACGGUGCUAUUUUUGACUGCAAGUUCUCCACUGAUGGACAGCAUUUUGCCUGCACUGACUCACAUGGCCAUUUGCUCAUCUUUGGAUUUGGCUGCAGCAGACGUUAUGAGAAGAUUCCUGAUCAGAUGUUCUUCCACACGGACUACCGACCUCUCAUCCGGGAUGCUAAUAACUACGUGCUGGACGAGCAGACGCAGCAAGCUCCACACCUCAUGCCCUCACCCUUCCUGGUGGACGUUGAUGGAAAUCCUCACCCUCCUCACUACCAGCGCCUGGUGCCAGGGAGAGAGCACUGCCAGGAGGAUCAGCUCGUACCCCAACUAGGAUACAUGGCUAACAGUGAGGGUGAGUUGGUUGAGCAGGUACUCGGUCAGCAAACAGCAGAAAACCGAGAAAGCCUGUUGGACAAUCUGAUCAGGCAGUUGCAGGACGAGCAGGACGGGCGUCAGAUCCCAGAGCAGCCGGCCGAAGAAGCAGAGGAAGGCAACGAAGCAGAGGGGGAGGCCUCCUCUGAGGCUGGUGCCCCCCGCAGGAGUGGGCAGGUGGACGGGGUGUGGCAGAUGCAGCAUAACGCCCUGCCAAGUCAAGUGGCUACCGAGAGAGACCUGCUGGCCUGGAGCCGCAGGGUGAUGGUCAAUGAGGUGCCGCACGGGAUCUCCAGAGCUGUGGAGCAAUGCAGGAAAGCCAAAGGCGACAUGGAAUGUUCUCUAUACAACGCAGAGAGGCGGAAGAAGCCAGCAUCCUGCACACCAAAGAGUGAUCAGCUGACGUCUCGCCUGCGCUCCCUGCGGCCGACCAAGAAAAAGCAGCAGCGCCAUGCUUAUCAGACCCGCUCAGCUCAAGUCCGUCGUCCUCGGAGGAGUCGGAAUUCCAGCAACCGACUUGAAACUGACAGCCAGAUGGAAUCUGACAGCGAUGGGAAUGCAGCAGAGCAGGUGGAGCAGAGCGAAGCGUCCUCUGAUGGGGAAGCUCGGUGGCAGAGUGAAAGCAGCUCCUGUGACUCCAGUGAGUAUUCUGAUUGGACAGCCGACGCUGGGAUCAACCUGCAGCCACCGAAGCGACCAACCAGGAGGCAAGCACAACCCCAGGCUUACAGCAGCUCGGAGGAGGAGGAAGGAGAUGGCAGUACAAAGGAGCCCAGGAGGAGGGACAACGAGAAAAAGAAGAAGCCUAAGGAGACCAAACAGAAACCUACAUCCUCUCUGGCUGGGCUUGAUGCAGAGGAGUGGCUGCCCCCAUCAUGGAUAAUGGAGACCGUCCCACAUCGCUCUCCUUUUGUUCCACAGAUGGGGGAUGAGCUCAUCUACUUCAAACAGGGCCACCAGGCUUAUGUCCGCGCUGUCCGCAGGUCUAAGGCUUACAGCAUCAACCCUCAGAAGCAGCCGUGGAACAGACUCGACCUCAGGGACCAAGAAUCUGUGAAGGUGGUUGGAAUUAAAUAUGAAGUUGGACCUCCCACCCUGUGCUGCCUGAAGCUGGCUCUGUUGGACUCUGUCUCAGGGAAGAUGACCAGUGACUCUUUCUCCUUAAAGUACCAUGACAUGCCGGAUGUUAUAGAUUUUCUGGUACUGCAGCAGUUUUACAACGAAGCUAAAGAGCACAACUGGCAACCAGGAAUGAGGUUCCGCAGCAUCAUUGACGACGCCUGGUGGUUUGGCUCAGUGGAAGACCAGGAGCCUCUGCAGCUAGAGUACCCAGACAGCCUGUUUCAGUGCUUUUCAGUGAAGUGGGAUAAUGGUGAGAGGGAAAAAAUGAGUCCCUGGGACAUGGAGCCGAUUCCUGAAGAAGCUGCGUUGCCUGAGCAGGAGGGUGACGGUGUGGAGGUGGCAGAGGAGGAGCUAAAGGCUCUGCUUUACACGCCCCAGGAGGGAGAGUGGGGCGCUCACACGAGAGACGAAGAGUGUGAGAGAGUCAUCUUUGGCAUCGAUCUGCUCCUCACAUUGGACGUCGCCAAGGCCUUCGCGUCACCUGUGAAUCUGCAGGACUACCCUCUGUACUGCACUGCUGUGGCUUACCCCACCGACCUCAGCACCAUCCACAAACGACUGGAGAACCGCUUCCACAGGAGGAUCUCUGCAUUGAUGUGGGAGGUGCGCUACAUCGAACACAACGCCCGCACUUUCAACGAACCCCAGAGCCCCAUUGUAGCAACUGCCAAGGUGGUGACGGACGUUCUCCUGCGCUACAUCGGGGACCAGAGCUGCACCGACAUCUUGGAUCUGUACCACAAGCUGAGGUCUGAGGUCAGCAGUGGAGGAGACGAGGCUGAGCUGGAUGUGGACUCUGACACUCCUGGCACAUCAACAGGACAUCGGGGAGCCAACCAGAAGCGCGGUGUGGUUUUGGAUGUGAAAUUUUGGCGAGGGCAAUGCAAAGAGCUGGUGCGUCGAAUGAUGGUGUCACCAGAUUCCGAGCCAUUCAGGCAGCCCGUGGACCUCUUCGAAUAUCCGGACUAUCGGAACAUCAUCGACACUCCCAUGGAUCUGGCUUCAGUGUCAGAGACGCUGGCCGCAGGGAACUAUGAAAGCCCGGUGGAGUUUGCCAAAGACGUGCGCCUCAUUUUCAGCAACUCCAAAGCAUACACACCUAACAAGAAGUCCCAGAUCUACACCAUGACCCUCAGCCUGUCGGCCUUCUUUGAAAGAAACAUCAUCUCCAUCAUCUCCGACUACAAGUCUGCCAUACAGAACGAGCGGCGGACCCGUCAGAGACUCAGUUACAGAGACAGGAUGCACAACGGAGGCAGCUCCCCCCCUUUAAGUCCAUCGCCCAGCUCUAAAGGGAAGCACAAGUCAGGAAAAGUGUUGAAGCCAAAAAAAUCCCAGACCUCAACGAAGAAUCGCUCUCGGAGAGCACGGCAGGCUCAAAGCAGUAGUGUAGCAGACGAGGAGAAGGAGGAGGAAGAAGAAGAAGAAGCGGAGGAGGAGGAGGAGGAGGAGGAGGAGGAGGAGGACGACGACGACAUCCAGCCUGCUUCCCCAGAUUCAGGGACGAGCGGAGAGAGCAGAAGCCAGGGGUCGCUUCGGCUGACCCGCAGCCAGGCGACUCCAGUGAAGAAGUCAGGGCACAGGCGUUACCUUCAUGUCAGCAACGGCUCCAGGAAACGCCACAGGCGAGAAGCGCCACAGGCGGACGACGACGAUGAUGAUGAUGAUGAUGAUGAUGAAGAUGAGGAGGAGGGGGAGGUGGCAGGGGCAGCAGCAAUAGCUGUUGCGUCUGGGCCCAACAGCUCCUCAUCAGAUUCUUCUUCCAGCUCAUCGUCCUCCUCCUCUUCCUCCUCGUCGUCGGACAGCGAGAAUAGCUCAGAGUCCGAGAUGGAGAAGUUUGUAGAAGGCGGAGAUCACGACUACAGCAAAGCGCCCUGCCUGUCGCUGCGCCUCCCCGCCAAGGGAAAGGUGGUGGCAUCAGGGAAAAGGAGACACAAGGGAGGAGGGGACGCGGCACAGAGACCUAAAAGGGCACGAGUGCAGCCACCAGUAGGAGAGGAGGAGGAGGAGGAUGAGGAUGAGGAAGAGGAGGAGGAGGAGGAGCAGCAGCAGCAGCAUGAGGAGGAGGAGGAGGAGGAGGGUGAAGAUGAGCAGAAUGGAGAUGAGGAGGAUGGAGAGGGGGAAGACGAAGAGGGGGAGGAAGAGGAGCAGCAGCAACUGGUGGGUGCACAACAUGUAGAAAAUGAGGGAGAGAUGGAGGAGGAUGAAGAGGAGGAGCCAGAGGAAGAGGAAGAGCCAGAGGAGGAGGAGGAACCCGAGGGGGAGGAAGAGGAGGAAGGGGUUGCGGCAGCGACGAGAGGCAGCCAGUGCAAGUCCCGCCGGGUGAGCACGCGCAACCAGGGCCGCAGGACAGUUCUGUACCAGGACGAGUCGGAGGACGAUGGCCACGGGUCGAAGGAGGACCCCCUCAACCUGGGCCGGUCCCGCUCAGGGCGGGUCCGCAAGAUGACGGAGAAAGCCCGCGUCAGCCACCUCAUGGGCUGGACUCACUGACCUCAAGAAACUGUAAAACAUGAGAAAUACUUCAGGGAUUUUUCUUUCUUUUGUACAAGUGUAAAUAUAAUAUAUAAAUGACUUGUUCUUUCUAUCCGAGACCGCUUCUGAAACCGAUCGCUGGUGCUCAUGACGUGUUGCCAUGGAGGGGUUCCCUUCCCUGGUGGACAGAGCCACGGUUUAACAUCAUCGCUCUCCAACUCACCUCGGCCUUACUGCCCGCUGCUCCUCUUCCUCUCGUCUAGGAAUAAACACUACCACCCCUCUCCUCUUCCCCCUGCUCACCAAAGAAAGAUGCGGUGAUGCCAAAUAUGGUGCUCAUAUUUUACUUCUUUUUUUUUUUUUCUCAGCGCGUAAUCUAACAGAACUCUUUGUGGUGGUUCAGUCAUUUAAGGUAACAGAUCAACUGUUUUGGUACUUUACUCACAACCUUAGCCUUAGUUUGAGCUGACAUCACUCAGAUUUAUUUCCAUCUGUAGCUCGAGUGUUAUAGACACUAGCAAUACUUAGGAUUCAGUGACUUCAGUCAGUAACAUCCCACCUCCUGCAGCCUCCUCGGGACAGUCUGACGUCCUUGGCCUGUGAAUGUUUAUUGUUCUCCCUGCUUCCCUCUCGGUGGUGUUGACUGUUUUAUCGGUUCUUCAAUUCUGUUAGAAUUGGGUGCUUUUUUUCUUCUUUCAUUUGUUUAUUUUUUUUAAGGGGAAAACAUUGAUCUUUCUGGGGUAAAUAAGCCACUCCAUCCCGUUUUGUAUUUAUCAUACUCCCUGGUGGAUCAGACCCGCAGCAGUUUAUUCGUGGUUGCUUUCAAUACAACUUCUCCACCCAGCAUGUGCAAAAAAACAAAGGGGUCCCUGGCGUACUCUCUUCCACAAUAAUAUUUAUUUUUCCAUUGUAUUAUAUCAAGGAUACUUUUGCGUACGUCGACAGUGAGGAGGAAAAUAUUUGCACAUUUAUCUACACCUUGUGGCAGCUGAGUGAUCGAGAUACUGGAGAGAGAGAGAGAGAGGGUUAUUAUGUGACAAUGUUUAAACUGUGCCAGCACACCUUCAGUCUUUUUUAAAAUUAUUUUUAUAGUUUGAACAACUAAAUCAACUUCUUUUAACCUGUGUGUGGUAGAGCUGGGUGGCAACAUUAAUCUAUGGCUAUAAGCAAGGGUAGCGACCGUGGAUAAGCCCUUCGUUAGUAUGUUGUGCCAUUUAUUCCCUCCUGUUUUAUCCACCUAUGGACUGGUGGUAGAUCAUAUGCACAUUAUACUACCUUUUCCCACUACAAUCAGGCAUGAUGUUGGUGUCAGAAUCCUUGUGUGGAGCUUUUCUGCACAGUUUUAUAAUGAGUGAUUCCUCAUUUUGCAAUCAGCUCGCGUUUCUCAUGUAAUCGCAUACCUUGUUGAUGCUCCAAUAAGGUUUACUGUGGCCCUGGGUUGGUAAAUCUUCUGAUGUAGAAACCAGGAAAGCUGACUCACAAAAUGUGGUUUUAACACUGGGUGCUCUAAUCCAAACCCCUCAUCACUCAUAGGAGAGAGGUUAUUUUUUUUUUUUUCCUUGAGCUGAAGAGUUUGAGUGUCAGGUGCUCAGAUAAAAAAACACACACUCAAUUCAGCAUCUAGGGUGCUCCAGGCAGCAGCAUUACCCGCCUUCUUGGAAUGACUCUGGCCGUUUGUGAGAAGACUGAUUCAUAUUUUUGGGAAUCUUAUUUUCAUAUAGUAGCUGGCUCUUAGUCUCGCCUCGAAGCGUCAGAUUAGUUGACGAUAAAAUACAACUAAAACAUUCUACUGAAGAUGGAUUGAGAUUAUGUGACAUGUCUUUUAUACACAAUGUUUUGAUUGUAACUUCUUUUUUUAAUAAAAAAAAUCUAAAAAUAA